CCAGAAAUUAAUUUCAUUUUAUACAUCUGAUCUCUUGAUAAUACAAAUAAAUUUAACAUUUUGCAUUUUAGCUUUACAAUAGCCAGCUUUCGUAUUGUGACCUGAAAGCAUUUCGCGUACAUCUUACAGAGCAAUCCGAGCACAAGGUCACAGAUAAAACUCCUGCUGCACGAAUCCUCUGGUAGCUCAGCAAUGGCUCCUUCCAGAAAAAAGCACAUGCGCUGGUCACCCAAAUCCAUCCAAGCGCUCAUCAAAGAAAUAGAAAGCCUUCCUGAGGGUAUCCGCCUCAUGGGAAGCUCAUCAGCCCCAAACUUGGCCAUCUGGAAAAAAGUGGAGAAAAAGAUGGCCAGAAGGAAUUACCCCUGGAAGGUGUCCCAGCUCAGGAACUGCUGGAAGAUGAUCAAGUCAAAAUUCUACACGGAGCAAGCCUUUCACAAGAUCUACAAGGCUCACAGUCGUGAUCCUCCUCCAUACUAUCAGUCAAUGCUUCGGCUGUGGAAGCGGGCAGGGAAGCCCAUCUUCAGGGACAGACGCCGCACAGCCAACAAGCCCUGCCAACGGCAGCCGCAACGUCAGCGCCCACAAGUGAAGAGGAGGCAACGCGUCCUCUCAUUACCAAGGCUCGCGGAUGAGCCACUCCCACCUGUGGCACCUGCGGCUGCAGCAAGACUGCCGAAUUCCUCGGGGCUGGGUGAGAACGGCCACGGUGGCCCUCCUUCUGAUAACGGGAAGAAGCCAACACUUAUGCCAGGGACUACAACCAAUCUCUGCAUCAGCUCCAGCAGAGACCAGUAGGGGAAGGUGCCAGUG